CGUGGCUCGGACAGGAGGCGCGCGGUCAUGGGGCGCAAACUGGACCCGACCCUGAAGGUGAAGCGGGGCCCGGGCCGCAAGGCUCGCAAGCAGCGCGGGGCCGAGCAGGAGUUGCUUCGGUUCCUGCCUCCGGAUCCUGAAGACAAUGCAAAGAAGCUGUCCAGCCACGCACGGAGAAGAGCUGCAAAACGGCGAAUCAAAUCCGCCAGGCCACCAGCGGACAAGACUGCCCAUGUGCUCCAGGAAUUAACAGCUCCGGGCGAGCCGUCGCCGAAGGGUGCCAAGAAGCGAGCGGCCUCACAAGAUGGCCGCCCGGGCAGCUUCAGCGAUGACAACGCGGCCUGGCUAACCCCCAGCGCCGCAAAAGAGAGGCCCGAGCCUGAGGAGGAGAGUGACGAAGAGGCCCUCAGCAGCAGUGAGGAACGGGAAGGGCCCUGCGAGAGCGACGAGGAAGGCGGGAGUGACGACGGGAUGGUGGACGACUACGGAGCGUCGUCUUCUGGCGACGAGGAGCUCCUGCCCAUCGAGCAAGCUGCCCAAAAGCAGAAGGGACAGGAAGGUCUCAGUGAGGAUGACAGUGAGGAAGAGGAGGAGGAGGAGAAAGAAUCACAGCCCCCCCACGAUGAGACCCAGGAAACAGACCUGCAGCUCAACGUGGAAUCCGACGAGCGCUUUGUGCUGCCCAGCGGGCAGGAGAUAGAGAAAGAAACCGCUCAGCCCCCCGACCUGCAGCUCAUCCGCGAGCGCAUCAAGGACAACAUCGAGGUCCUUCAGAACUUCAGCGCGAAGCGGGAGGAAGGCCGCUCCCGGCAAGAGUACCUGGCCCUCCUGCACCAGGACCUGGCGGCUUACUACUCCUACAGUGACUUUCUGAUUGGGAAGAUGAUGGACCUUUUCCCGCUCUCUGAGCUGGUUGACUUCUUGGAGUCCAACGAGGUGUCCCGGCCAGUGACUCUCCGGACCAACACUCUCAAAACACGGCGGCGCGACCUGGCACAGGCGUUGAUUAAUCGCGGGGUAAAUCUCGACCCCUUGGGGAAGUGGUCCAAGACAGGACUUGUUGUCUACGAUUCCUCUGUGCCCAUCGGUGCCACCCCCGAGUACUUAGCUGGGCACUACAUGCUUCAAGGGGCUUCCAGUCUUCUCCCAGUCAUGGCUCUUGCCCCCCAGGAGAAUGAGCGCAUUCUGGACAUGUGCUGUGCCCCAGGAGGCAAGACCAGCUACAUAGCUCAGCUGAUAAAGAACACAGGCGUGAUCCUGGCCAACGACAGCAACGCAGAGAGAUUGCACAGCGUGGUGGGGAACCUGCACCGGCUUGGAGUCACCAACACGGUUGUGAGCCACUGCGACGGGCGCCAGUUCCCCAAGGUGCUGGGGGGUUUUGACAGAGUCUUGCUCGAUGCUCCGUGCAGCGGCACAGGUGUGAUCUCCAAGGACCCCACAGUUAAGACGAAUAAGGACGUGAAGGACAUUUUGCGCUGUGCGCAUCUGCAGAAGGAGCUGAUCCUCAGCGCCAUCGACUCGGUCAACGCCGCCUCGGAGACCGGGGGCUACAUAGUUUACUGCACGUGUUCAGUCAUGGUGGAGGAGAACGAAUGGGUGGUGGAUUACGCCCUGAAGAAGCGCAACGUCCGCCUGGUGCCGACAGGACUGGACUUUGGCAAAGAAGGGUUUGUCAGGUUUAAGGAGCGCCGUUUCCACCCGUCUUUGAAGUCCACGCGGCGUUUCUACCCUCACACACACAACAUGGAUGGCUUUUUCGUCGCCAAACUCAAGAAAUUCUCCAACACCAUUCCUCAGGCUCCACAAGAUGAAGAACCUACUGAGGAGCCAGGUGUGCCAUCCACAAAGGAGGAAUCUCCUCCGGUUGCGGCUGCCGCACCUCUGCCGGCAUGGAAGAAACCAAAGGGUUCAAAAGGAGGCGUUAAGGAUCAGGUUGCGAAACGGGCGUUUUCGGCAUUGACGGCAGCCCGUACACAGCCUCAAGGAGAGUUGAAAGCGAACAAGCGGAAGAAAUGGGCCCUGGCUGCGGGGCGAGGCUCCUUCCAGAAGCGGCCUAGGCACUCGAAGGCUGCCCGGCCGUCUCCCGGAGGGCCGAGGGCCCACCAAGCCCCCGGAAAGAAGCGCAAGGUGCCCCGGAGCCGCCAGUAA